AUGCCCUCCCUCCUCGACCUCCCGCGGGAUGUCCGGGAUGAUGUCUUGUCAUAUGCUCUGCGGAUGAAGCUAGAUCCGCCGGCCUCUCCAGUAGAAUUUAGUCAAGCCAGUCGUGAAUUCCUGUCAGACAUAUACCUCGACAAUGGAUGGAGAUGCCGUUUCCGCUUCGAACAUCAGGCAAAAUUCAGGACGUUUGUCGCCUUGCAGCUUGUCAAUUGGCAGCUUUACGACGAGGUCAGGGAGGUUAUGCGUCGCCAAUUUACACACCCGCCGGACUACGAUUUAGACAUCAUGUAUCUGACGGACGGCAGCAUGUGGACAACUUGGACCCGACUUCCGUUUGUUGCUCAUCAUGUGAAUACGCUACGCAUCACCUUUCGACUAUUCAGAUGCCCAGGUUGGCUGGGUGCCACCCUCAGGAACAGUCAUACUACCCUCUUUGGAGAUUUCCAAAACCGUCCGCCUUCCUUUUUGUGUAUAUUCUAUCUGCUGCUCCACACCUUUCUGACAAGGGGACCCUUUCCCGCCUCUUUUCGUCGGUACCACGGGGUACUUUUUCCCGGAAUGUUAAUUGACAAAAUCGUCAUCAGUAUCAAGCGACCUACCGAGUCUGGUAUUUUGCCACUGGAGCAUCUGCUCUCUUUGGAGGAAUCUCGAAUGUUUACACGGUUGAGUACGUAUCCUCCGCACGUCUUCUUCGGCCCCAGCGUCCAUAGUGGCAACGAAGGCGUAGUUGCCCACACACUGCUUGUCUUGUACAUGGUGUUCGGGCUCAGGAUACUGACGGGCCUCGAUUACCGCUACGAAGAGCUGGGGAGGCCAUUCUACGAAAGAGUCGGCGUUUUUGAAAUUCGAAGCAGGGGGCGAACAUUGAAAUAUUUCAAUCUGGCUGAAUUUGCAACUCGGAUCGCCACAAGUGAACCGCUGGAGGAUUCAGAUCUCAGAGACUACGCCAGGUGGGUUGCCAGCACGGCUAACAUGCGCCGACAGGUCGGACUGCCUGUUGCUCCUUUGCCCUCGCGCUUGCGUCAGCUUUUGAUGGGAGAGAGCGUAAACCCCGACUAUUUUUGGCAGGUGUGA